AUCCCUAAAUACAUCUGGGAUUCUGUGAGUUCGUUUUUUUUUUUUUUUUUUUUGAAUGUUGGGUUUUGAUCGGAACUAAAAAUCCCAAAUCGGGUGCCAACUAGAUCCAAAUUCGUGAAAUUAGGGUUUAUUCGGUUGGUGAUUUGAAACCAAUCUGAAUGUUGUUUGAUUUUCGUGAGGCUACAAAGGCGUUCUUGUUUAAUUCCGAGGUUAUAUGCCAAUGUUGGUGUGAUUUUAUGCACACAACAUUGGAUGAAAUGGAGAAAGGAGUAUCGUGGAAUGAAAAGAUAGAUUAAGAAACCGAUGGGCGCUAUAAGGGUCCAUUUUGGUAUACUUCUCGCUAUUCUUUCCAUUUUCGAGUUUUCCGAAGGAAAUCACAGAGCUUCGGAGACAGCUUCCUGUAAUGGUGGCGAUUGGAGUUCUCAAAAUCUAGAUGAAAACACCGCAGAGCAAGUGUGGAUAUAUUGCAGGAAAGAGCUUGGAGUUGGAGAAAUCACCAAAACUAUCAACAAAUUCAACCCAAAUCAUGAAGAUAUUGAUACGCCAUCAAGAAAAACACUUAUGCAUAAUGCUCGAAAAGAGUUAUUAUCUCCGGUCAAACAUGAAUCUCUGGUCAAACAUGUAAUCCGAGUUGACUCAGUACCCAAAAACAAGCCUCCGGAUCAUGUGUUGCUACUCGGGAUUAUUGUUUCAACUGCUAUAGCGACACUUGCUCUUUUUGUUUUAAUGGUUUUUUGUUGCCUAGGUGGCAUUCACCCAAGAGUAAGAUCUCAAUGUGCACAACAGGACAAAAAACCGAAACCGAUUGUCAAUAUAUCCCCCGAGGGCAUUUCAGGUUCUUCACAAGCACCACAAGCUGUUGUAGGAAAUAAAGAUUUAAUAAAUUCUUUUAGCACCAACAAUUUAUCGGCAAAUGUUUCUUCUCAAACACCAGAACUUGGGAAAUUACCACUUCCACCAGGAAGAACCGCUCCUCCACCACCAGUACCAGCAGCUCCACCACCGCUACCGCCGCCGCCGCCGCCAGCGCCUCCACCGCCAAUGCCACCGGCCCCAAAAGCACCACCGCCACCGCCACCCCGAAAUGGUCCCCUCCCGCCUGCUCCACCAAAACCAGGUGCUAUGAAAAAGCCACCUGGCCCACCUCUGCCUAAAAGAGGGCAUCUCGCUUCUGGAGAUGAAAAGGGUAUUUCUGGAAAUUCAAGUGGUAACAAAACAAAGUUGAAGCCGUUUUUCUGGGACAAAGUGAAUUAUGCUCCCAAUCGAUCAAUGGUUUGGCGUGAACUCAAUGCAGGAUCAUUUCAAUUCAACGAAGAGAUGAUGGAAAGUCUAUUUGGUUAUUCUUCUACAAACCAAAACAAGGGCGAAACUGUAAAAUCCGCAUCAACUCAACCAAAAUUGAUCCAAAUUAUCGAUCCCAAAAAAGCACAAAAUUUGUCGAUUGUUCUAAAAGCAUUAAGCGCGACAAUAGAAAAUGUCUGUCAAGCUGUCACAGAAGGUAGCAUGCUUCGUGUAGAGUUAAUUACAAGUUUAAUAAAAAUGCCACCAACACAAGAAGAAGAGCUAAAGCUUCGAUUAUAUCAAGGUGACCUGGCACUUAUUACUCCAGCUGAUCGAUUCCUUAAAAUUUUGGUUGAAGUCCCUUUUGUGUAUAAACGUCUUGAAGCUUUGUUGUUCAUGAGUUCUCUUCAUGAAGAAUCUUCUCCUCUUAAAACUGCGUUUCUCACCUUAGAGGUAGCUUGCACAAAGCUAAAAAACAGUAGACUCUUCCUAAAACUUCUAGAAGCUGUUUUAAAAACGGGUAAUCGUAUGAAUGUUGGGACAUAUCGUGGUGGGGCCCAAGCAAUCAAACUUGAUUCCCUUUUAAAACUUUCGGAUGUCAAGGGCACAGAUGGAAAAACCACAUUAUUAACAUUUGUAGUUCAAGAAAUCAUCCAAUCAGAAGGAAUAAAAUCCGCGCGUUCUUCAAACAUUAAAACAAAUGAUCAAAGCGAUGAAUAUUAUCGAAAACUAGGUCUCGAGGUUGUUUCUAAAUUAAGUAAUGAACUUUCGGAUGUGAAAAAAGCAGCAAUUAUUGAUGGUGAUCAUAUUACAUCAACGGUUUUAAAAUUAGAAAACAUGUUGAAGAAAACAAGAGAUUUGAUCGAUGAUGAGUUGAGUAAAACGGAAGGUGCUAUGGAGUUUUGUGAGACUUUUAAUGGAUUUAUGGAGCAUGCGGAAAGUGAGAUCGUGUGGAUGUUAGAAGAGGAGAAGAGGAUAAUGAUGAUGGUGAAGAGCACGGGGGAUUUUUUCCAUGGGAACUCGGCGAAAGAUGAAGGGUUGAGAUUGUUUGUUAUUGUUAGGGAUUUUUUGAAAUUGUUGGAUAUAGUGUGUAUUGAGAUUAAGAAAAAUAAUGACAAGAAUAGUAAAAAGAAAAAUAUCCCCUUGGGAAAAAGGGAUUUUAAUCUGACAACAUAUAAUGCAAAAAGGCUUGCUUCUACUUCAUUAAGUUAUGAAGAUUAUACGAGUUGAUAAAAUUAUGGAAAUGAUGAAAGACAUGAGAUUGAACAAGCUUUCUAUGGUUAUUUAUGAUGACGAGGAUGAGAGCAUUUAUGUUUUUUACACAAACGAGAGAUCGAAAUCGAGUCACUCACUCACAUCUUGUUCCAUGUUUUUUGUGUGUGAAAAAAAUUGCAUUGUUUGUACAAUCAACAUCAAACUUACUUUCAGUUCGGUGAAUGCCAACUAUACUACAAAGGCAUUUGUUUUGUUAUGUCCUACAUAAAUGGGGCCUACAUAUUGAAGAAGACGAGGAAAAAAAAAUAGUGUUGGAGGUAAAUUAGUUUAUUUUUACGUAUAACAUGUAAAUUCAAUUGUCAUCGUGUUAGUUUUAGG